AUGAGUGAUCGUCCUGGCAGCGACGUCGACCGGCUUCGGCUAAAGGUGUGUGUUUGGAUCUACGGAAUCGCUCUGGUGUUCAUUUUCCUGGCCCUCCUGCUGCUACUCCUGCCCGCUCUACUUUCCCAUUAUGACCUGGUGCCGAACUGUACAGCUGCCUACUCCUUUUUCGUAUGCGGCCUGUUCAUCCUGAUCCUGUAUGUCUGGGUGGAUUGGCUGCGGUUCAAGGUCCCUUUCAACUGGAUCGCCUCCUGCGUCGUAGCCGCCUGCCUGGCUCUGGGCACUGUCUCAGUUAUUCCCGAGCAGGCGGUGGGUCGUACGUUGCUCUUCGCCAUCGAGAUCCUGGUAAUGGUGUCCUUCUUCCUGAUGCUCGCCUACUGGCAGCUGCCGGACUGCCCGACUGUCGUCUAUUUGCUGCUCGUAUGGUACAUAUAUGCGGUCUGCUCCUGGUUUCUCUGCGCCGUGGUGGGGAGCAGCCUUUCUGACCCGGAGGAUGUCAUCAGCUUCGCCAUGCACAUUGUCCUUUGGCAGAUGAGCUGCCCCAUAAUCCUGUUCCAGGGCCAAGUAAUCUACGGCUAUUACGGAAAUCACCCAACGUUUCUGGAUAUGCCGCUCUGUGCGCUAAUACUCUUCGUAGACUUUCUGGGAUUCUACGCCUUCCUAGACGGUGCUGAUCACAUUGCCAAUUCCAUCCUUUAUACCGUGGACCCAUCGGCCUCCCGUUUCUUCAGUCGAGUCCUGAAAAGCCAAUUGGACACUUGAGAAGGACAAUGGGAUUUAUGAGUGCGCUCACUAAAAUUUAUCAAGAAACUUGGUCAUCCAAAUAAAAAUGUAACCCUUUGAAUGUAAAAAUACCACGUAUUGUCCAAAUAUUAAGUAUUUCCUAGAUAUAUUUAUAAAUUUUUAAACAUUGUUAAAAAUACAAAAAUUGUAAGCGCUUACAAAAAUUAUAAA